UUCAUUUGCUGUCCGGCUGUCGCUGCUUUGUCUGCUGAGGAGUUCCUUCUUCUUCAUCCCCUGGACACGGAGAUGGAAGAAAAGAGUAAUAUGACUACGUUCUCCUGAGCCUUUGGUGGGCCUGUGAUUGGAUCAAUGGCUGUGAUUGCUCCUAGUAAAGAGCUUCUCCAACCACCCAUCUCCCCCAGAUGCCACGUGUUGCUGGCUGGAAAACCCAAGUUCCAGAUGGCCAAAAAUCCAAGGGCGAGAAGCUUUUCACCUUGGUUGAGGCCCACAGAGCAAAGAAGCUAUGGAUUGGUGAAUUGUAGGAGCAGUAGACAAGUCUCAGCCUUUGGUGGAGGAGAGCUGUCCAUUGGGCGGACCGUUGCAGACAUCAAAACCGCUCUUUAUCAAUCAAUACAAGGCAUCAAUAGAGGAAUAUUUGGAGUCCCAUCUGCAAAGAAGAGUGAAAUAGAAGGGCUGGUGAAGCUGCUAGAGUCCCACAAUCCAACUCCUCAUCCUACUGAAAAUCUACAAAUGGUUGAUGGAUGCUGGAAGCUUGUGUACAGCACGAUUUCAAUCCUCGGAGCAAAAAGAACAAAGCUCGGAUUGCGGGAUUUCGUUAGUCUUGGGGAUUUCUUACAGGCCAUUGAUGUUGCUGAGAGGAAAGCAGUUAAUGUGAUCAAGUUCAAUGUGAGGGGAUUGAAGAUGUUAACAGGACAGCUGACAGUUGUAGCCUCUUUCAAGAUUGCAUCCAAAUCAUUCAUACAGAGAGUUGAUAUUGAAUACAAGAAUUCAACAAUCGCACCUGAUCAGUUGAUGAGUAUAUUCAGGAAGAACUAUGACAUUCUGCUGGCCAUUUUCAAUCCAGAAGGCUGGCUCGAAAUUUCAUAUGUUGAUGAGUCCAUGAGGAUUGGGAGGGAUGACAAAGGCAACAUAUUCAUUCUAGAAAGAUUGGAACUGUAGAAGCUGGAAUAUUUUGUAUUGUUUUCAAUUACAGAUUAUUUAAAUAAAGAGUUCCACAUUAAAGGG